AUGAUUUUAAUGACAUUGAAAUGCCUUAGAUCUGGUGGAAUAACAUUUUUUGGUGGUGUGUCAGUUUUAGUUGCUACAAUGAUUGGACCAGGUCUAAUUACAAUUCCAUUAUUGUUUCAAUCAGCUGGAUGGUUAACAUCAAUCUUAAUGUUUAUAUUGGCAAUAUUUUUAUCAACUACUGCUUCACUUGUAUUAUGUGAAGUGUUAAGUUCCAUACCUGGUAACGAAAAAUUUCAGUCUCUUGAUAAAAUGUUUAUAAAAUUCGCAGGGAAAAGUUGUGGCAUUGAAUUGUAUCCAAAUUUGUUCAAGGCUAUUUGUGUUAAUGAGUUGACUUCCGAACAGAACAGUCCGUUCGGAUCAAAUUAUAUGUUGGUUACUUUUGGAUUAUUGUUAACAUUUGGAUUUGUUAUACCAAUGACAUUAUCAAGUUUAUCUGAAAAUGCCAAAGUACAAAUAUUGGUAUUUAUUGUUAAUGGAUUAAAUCAUAAUAAUGUUCCAUUAAUUGGUAAAGAUCAGUCUCAACUAGUUGGUACUAUAUUAUUCAAUUAUGCAUUUAUUGUCUUUAUACCAAGCUUAGUUAAUGAACUGAACAGAGACGUUUCAAUUCAUAAAACAAUAAUAUGCUCUGUACUAUUUACAUCAUUAUCAUAUAUACUAAUUGGAAUAAUGGGUUCAUUGGCAUUUGGAAAAAUGAACCAGAACUCGAACAUCAUCAAGGAAAUCCAAGAUAAUGAUAAUGAAAAAUUGAAAAAAAAUAUUUUUAUUGAAAUCACAACUUAUCUGUUCCCAAUUGUUGGUCUAUUAACUGCUAUUCCUGUUGAUGCCAUCAUCAUAAAAUACAAUUUAAUUGAAUCUGGGAUAUGUAAUAAUAGUAAAUAUUCUUCAAGAAUAACAUUUUCUUUGCCUUCUCCUUCUACAACAACUUCUACAACAACUUCAAGUAAUGAUAAUAACGAAUUAGGAUUAUCAUCAAAGUUAAAAGAAACUAAUAUGAAUUUAGAGAGUUCAGAUAUUGGAAGAAAAAAACGUUUAAAAAGAUUUAAACAUAUGUCUUCUGAUGCCAUUCUAUUGGAUAAAAUACCUGAUUUUCAGUAG